AUGGACGCUGGUGAUCCAGUGAGUCCCAGUGACGCCCAGUACCUCCCGCAGUCGCCUUCGCAGCAGACACCUCGCAAGCUUCCAGACGAUCUGCCGACUUCCCUAGAUGACCGUCGCUCGUUCCCCAGCUAUGGCGAGGAGACAGAAAUAUAUGAUGGAUGGCAAGGCAAGCAGAUCUUACAGUAUAUCACGGCACCGACCCCUGCAAGAACCUUGACCUUUGAUCUGCAUCUGGAUACCCCAGCCUACGACGAUGAGGAGACCUUCGCCCGCAUUCAGGACAGUGACUCGCGGCUGAUGGAAAUGGUGGCAGCUCAAGCGCAUCACAGAGAAGAUGGCAGUCCUGGGCAGGAUGAAGAUGCAAUUGCCAUGGACGACAACUUAUCGGACAGCGAAAAGAAAGAGAUCUUGCAGAAGAGCCUUAACAUGGCAGCAAGUAACGGCGACGUCGCCCGUAUUCAGAAGCUGGUCGGAGGCAGAGCCAAGCAAUAUGUCGACGUCAACCAGCCAGAUGAGGAGGGGACAGUGCCACUAAUAUAUGCUAGCUGUUUUGGACAUCAUGAAGUUGUGGCAGCCCUUCUCAACGCUGGAGCGAUCGUGGACAAGCAGGAUCGAAAUCAGUGGAGUGCCUUGAUGUGGGCAAUGACAAACCGACAUAAGCAAAUUGCCAAAAUGCUACUCGACCAUGGAGCAGACCCCGAUAUUAGAUCUUCAUCUGGGGGCACCGCGCUCGACUUUGUCCAGCCUGGGUCGGACUUCUCGCACUACCUUCACGAAAACGGUUAUCACUUCGGGGUGUCGAGCCUGGGGGGUGACUUUUACAACUCGGGCUACUCUCAAGAUCGGUUCGAGGAAGAGAUGGCAGAGAACGAAAUGAAACGGCGAAUGUUGAUGCAAGAGAGUGCGGCUAACUUGGAGGUCGAUUUAUCCACCUUGGGAUUCGAUGAACAACCAGAGUCACCCACUGAUCUUGAGAUCGACGAAGAAGAGUUCAUCUGGGACCGCUGCGUGGGCGACCAGAUGUUUGUCUUCCAGGCUGAUAAGCUGGAUGCCAUCUUUGACUUGAUUAUCACGAAUAUGACACCGCAACGAUCUCCAUCGCAAAAGCCCAUCCCGGCAAACCUGAUCUUUCUCAUGGCGCGGUAUGCCCACUAUCAUAUGACGGCCUCUCUGUUAGACGACGUCCUCACCAGAGCCAUGGAUCUCAUUAACGAUGUCAUCGAACGCUGCCAGUGGGACAUGACCAUGUUAGCUUUCUGGAUAUCCAACGCGACCCUGCUCCUGCAUUACCUGAAGAAGGAUGCGGGUCUUGUGCAGGCCACAUCCAAGUAUCAGCUCGAGCUUGCAGAGCUGAUCAAUGAGACCUUUAUCCUCAUUAUUCGAGAUGCAGAAAGGAGAAUGAAUAAGGUCCUGGAUGUUGCAAUGUUAGACCACGAAACAAUACCCGGCUUAGACGACAUCGCUUUCCAAGGAGAAUGGAAGGUCUUCAAGUCCAAGCCUAAGACAAAGGACGAGCCGCCAGAGAAGCGCUUUCGACCUCCUUCGCCAAAACGACGAGCCCAAACGUCUCCGCGAAAUAUUACCUCCCUUCUCUCGUCAACGCUCUUCGUGCUUGACCUGUAUGAUGUCCAUUCGGUAAUCACAUCACAGAUCCUUUCUCAAUUGCUGUAUUGGAUUGGGGCCGAAUUAUUCAACCGCGUCAUGACCACAAAGAAAUACCUUUCGAGGACCAAGGCGAUGCAGAUUCGCAUGAAUGUGUCUGCCAUCGAAGACUGGGCACGGACAAACAAUCGACAACCAGAACAUUAUGAACAUGGCUCCACAAUAUCGACCGGCGAGAGUACGGUCGAUGCCGCGCGACGGCAUCUGGCACCCAUAAUCCAGCUGCUUCAGUGGCUGCAGUGUUUCAGUUCGCUGGGUGAGGACCAUGAAUCUCUGGUUGGAACGUUAGUCCAACUCCAACGCCUCACCCCGACACAGUUGAUCCACGCGGUUAAGAAUUAUCGAGCUGAAGUGGGCGAAAAGAGCCUACCCAAAGCACACAUGAAGUUCCUGGCUCAGUUGCAGAGAGGCGAACAGUCGUUGAUCAAGAGACCACUGACGCCCAUGGUCGACGCACCGGAGUCGGGUACGACAACACCAGCAAGGCGGAACGGAACACCGGCGCCAGCAAACAAAGAGCCGAGCACGCCUCAGAAUGUGCCGGCGCCUUCAAUAUCUUCACCAGUCGAGCAGGACACCGAUCCACCCAUGAAUCGAAAUGCCUUGACGUUGGACCAGUCUUUGAUGCUUCCAUUCUCGCUACCCACCUCGACGGACAUGCUCAUCAGUUACGGAGCGGGCAUUGGGGGCACAAACAGGGAGCGAGCGAGGAAAUACAUUCCCACUGUACCGACAGAAGUCCUUAGCAAGUUGAACCUGGAUGGGAAUGGUCGUUCUCGUGAAGGGAGCAUCGGGACCAUUGGAACCACGGCUCAAGGCUGGCGAAGCAGUGCAUUUUAA